GUUGAAUCCUCAGUUAUGCGUGAUGUUGAGUCACCCGGCACCGUAGUGUCCUCCGAGGUAGACGUUGAGCUAUCAGAAGAUUCUGAAGUAGAUGUUGAGCUAUCAGAAGAUUCCGAGGUAGAUGUUGAGCUAUCAGAUGAUUCUGAAGUUGAUGUUGAGCUAUCAGAAGAUUCUGAAGUAGAUGUUGAGCUAUCAGGAGAUUCUGAAGUAGAUGUUGAGCUAUCAGAAGAUUCAGAAGUAGAUGUUGAGCUAUCAGAAGAUUCCGAAGUGGAGGAUGUGCUAUCAGAAGAUUCCGAGGUAGACGUUGAGCUAUCAGAAGAUUCGGAGGUAGACGUUGAGCUAUCAGAAGAUUCUGAAGUAGAUGUUGAGCUAUCAGAAGAUUCAGAAGUAGAUGUUGAGCUAUCAGAAGAUUCCGAAGUGGAGGAUGUGCUAUCAGAAGAUUCCGAGGUAGACGUUGAGCUAUCAGAAGAUUCGGAGGUAGACGUUGAGCUAUCAGAAGAUUCUGACGUAGAUGUUGAGCUAUCAGAAGAUUCUGACGUAGAUGUUGAGCUAUCAGAAGAUUCUGAAGUAGAUGUUGAGCUAUCAGGAGAUUCUGAAGUAGAUGUUGAGCUAUCAGAAGAUUCGGAGGUAGAUGUUGAGCUAUCAGAAGAUUCUGACGUAGAUGUUGAGCUAUCAGAAGAUUCUGAAGUAGAUGAUGUGCUAUCAGAAGAUUCUGAAGUAGAUGUUGAGCUAUCAGGAGAUUCUGAAGUAGAUGUUGAGGUAUCAGGAGAUCCUGAAGUAGAUGUUGAGCUCUCAGAAGAUUCCGAGGUAGAUGUUGAGUUAUCCGAAGAUUCUGAAGUAGAUGUUGAGCUAUCAGAAGAUUCUGACGUAGAUGUUGAGCUAUCAGAAGAUUCCGAAGUGGAGGAUGUGCUAUCAGAAGAUUCUGAAGUAGAUGUUGAGCUAUCAGGAGAUUCUGAAGUAGAUGUUGAGCUAUCAGAAGAUUCUGAAGUAGAUGUUGAGCUAUCAGAAGAUUCUGAAGUAGAUGAUGUGCUAUCAGAAGAUUCUGAAGUAGAUGUUGAGCUAUCAGGAGAUUCUGAAGUAGAUGUUGAGCUCUCAGAAGAUUCCGAGGUAGAUGUUGAGUUAUCCGAAGAUUCUGAAGUAGAUGUUGAGCUCUCAGAAGAUUCUGAAGUAGAUGUUGAGCUAUCAGAAGAUUCCGAGGUAGAUGUUGAGCUAUCAGAAGAUUCGGAGGUAGACGUUGAGCUAUCAGAAGAUUCUGACGUAGAUGUUGAGCUAUCAGAAGAUUCUGACGUAGACGUUGAGCUAUCAGAAGAUUCUGAAGUAGAUGUUGAGCUCUCAGAAGCUUCUGAAGUAGAUGUUGAGCUAUCAGAAGAUUCCGAGGUAGAUGUUGAGCUAUCAGAAGAUUCUGAAGUAGAUGUUGAGCUAUCAGAAGAUUCUGAAGUAGAUGUUGAGCUAUCGGGAGAUUCUGAAGUAGAUGUUGAGCUCUCAGAAGAUUCUGAAGUAGAUGUUGAGCUAUCAGAAGAUUCCGAGGUAGAUGUUGAGCUAUCAGGAGAUUCUGAAGUAGAUGUUGAGCUAUCAGAAGAUUCCGAGGUGGAUGUUGAGCUAUCAGAAGAUUCCGAAGUGGAGGAUGUGCUAUCAGAAGAUUCUGAAGUAGAUGUUGAACUAUCAGGAGAUUCUGAAGUAGAUGUUGAGGUAUCAGGAGAUUCUGAAGUAGAUGUUGAGCUAUCAGGAGAUUCCGAAGUGGAGGAUGUGCUAUCAGAUGAUUCUGAGGUAGAUGUUGAGCUAUCAGAAGAUCCUGAAGGAGUUGUUGUACUUUCAGAGGAAUCUGUGGAAUCUGAAGAAGUUGUUGUUCCCUCUGACGAUACUGUGAUGCAAGUUUCAGAACUGGUUGUCGAGGAAGGUGACUCAGUAGAGGUUUGAGGCUCGGUUGUGAUCGGCGUGGUCGCAGUUG